UAAUUAUAUUCUUCGAGCUUUCACAAAUAUUUCUUUUAAAAUUGUAUAGUUUGUAAAUUAACACCGUUUCAUAAACUAUUGCUAAUGCCAAUAUUUCGUAAAUAUUCAGUUUAUCUCAUCAGAAUGAGGAUCAACCUGAUACUAAAAUAUUCUAAAGUCUCCUUUUCUCUGAUUCAAAGUCCAAAGUUCGCGAAAUUAUUGCUAACGAUCUCAAAAUACCUCUUUAUAUUCUAUGUUUUAAAAUAUUUCCAAAAUCCCGCUCGAUCGGAAACCGGGCAGACGGGCACUGCGUAAUAGACAGGUCAAGUAACUGUAUGUGAAAGAGGUGCGAAACGAGACGUUUCGCAGAGAUGCACGAGUAUAUACGCGUGUAAAAAAUUGUGUGUGAAAAGUACACAAUAUCUCCAGUACUGAGCAGACACGCAUGAUGCGGUCUGUAGCAGUCGCGACACGGAAUGCGGUUCGCGUCGGUCCUCCUAAUCGCGUGCAGCCUGAUCUGCCAGGCAAAUUCCUCUAGAUGUCCGGAAUCGAAGAAGCCACAUCGGACGAGCUGCACGAUUUUCUAUAACUGCGUGAAUCUGCCCGGUGGUGGUUAUGUAUGGGUUCCGUCGAAAUGCAUCGAAGGCUUGGUAUUCCAGCCGUAUUUAAGGAUGUGCGUGGUCCCUGGUGAUAUCUGGACGUGCGACAUACUCUCAACUGAGCCGACUUCCGUGACGAAGCACGGGACGUCCGAGCUGAUCGAUUCAACGGAUACCAGCUAUCUAGGAUAUUCGCAGGAUUCUUUUUCCAAAACGAUCGACUCGUCCUACGUGAUCGACAAUUUCUCCGACCUGACAACUGAAGCAGUGACCGCGUAUCCCUUAAUCGAAUUUGAAGAAUCAAAUGAAACCGUGAAAAAUGCAUCGCAUCAGAAAGGAGAAAAUGAUCUGUACACGAAUAAUCAAAAGCAAUUGCCAUUGUCGCUAAUGCAGGAAUAUAAAGAUAUCGUAAACAAUCAUUAUAAAUGGCUGAACGAAUUGAUGACUCGGUUGGACGUCUACAAGGAACUGUCGGCUGUGAUAUCGAGUACCCUGACGAUACCCAUCAAAGACGUUACGACUAUAAACCGAAUUCAGACCGUCAUAAUCGCGUCAUACAAUCAAAGACAAAAUACAUCGUUGAAUUAUCUCACGCACAGCUGCGCCAAAGACGAAUUACAUAAUGAUGAAUCAAGCGGAAGUAACGGACCUCAGGUGGCCAACGUCGUGACGACGGAUGGUACCGUUUCGACAGAAAGUACCUUGGAGUUGCUAAUCAACGGUCUGGAUCCUGACAACAACGUAAUAAGGAUCAGCGAUAAUCUUGGAAACAAACAGUACUUCACAAUCGAACGAUACAAAGCCGUGGCGCAUCGAUUAACGCCACGGUCCGUCAGCGUUGUGGCAUGCACGAAGAAUAUUCGCCUGCCGAACAGGACGGACUGUGCCCGGUAUUAUAUGUGUGAUCCGAAAACAGCCGUCGUGGUAGAAUACUCCUGUCCGCUGUAUACGGCUUUUAACGUAUACUCGCGAAUCUGUGAUGUUGAGAGCGUGAAAGCAUGCGGGAGCGACAUGCAUUCUGAGAAUGAAAUAUUCGUUGAACGUAUCGAGACCGAGAGUUCGACGAUUCCCAGUGGAGAAGCAUCCGGGGAAGAGAGAUUGUGUCAGGAACUUGGAAAGAUCAAGGAUCCUGCUUCCGAUUCUCAUUACUACAUCUGUUACAGUACGCCGGAUUCCGAAGAAAUCGAAUCGAUUCGAAUGACCUGUCCAAAUAGCUUGAUAUUUUGUCAGAGCAAGAGAGUGUGUACCACCAGACGACUAUGUGACGCAUCGCUGUGAAGAGAGUAAAACGAGUAUCUCCCUUCUUCUUUCCUUCCAUUUUUC